AUGGGGAGACGAGCGCAUGUAGUGGCGAUUCCGUAUCCAGCACAAGGGCACGUGAUUCCGAUGAUGGAGCUGAGCCAACGCCUAGCGAAGAACGGCGUGAGAGUGACGUUCGUCAACACCGAAUCCAACCACCAACGAGUGGUGGAGGCGCUGCCGCCGCAGGCGACGGAGAAGCUGCUCCAUUUGGUGUCGGUGUCGGACGGCCUCGACUGCUGGGAGGACCGGAUGGACUUCGCCAAGUCGGUCGAGGCGCUCGGCCGGGUGCUGCCGGCCGAGCUCGAGGCGCUCAUCUGA